GAUGCACUUCUCUCCAUAACCUUCGGCUCCCGUGCCUGGCUGCCAUCUCUUGAACCCCAACCACGACCACCACUCGACAUCAUACACAACGACAAUGGCGAGCACGCCAGCAAUGAACACACCGGUAGCAACAGCGACGACAACCAGUGAAUCAGUGACCGUGUUAGACUGUCCUUCACUCUCGCCAUCGGGCAGCGCAGAAGAGUUUGAGCGCAGUGUCCGGUUUGACAACCAAUGUGUGCUCAUUCCAGAGCCAGAGCCUCGCCAGAGAAUGCCUAGAGUCGUCACCAAGUCGUACUCUUUACCUAUAUGGCGUAGGAGGAAAAGUUCACCAAGCGCUAGUUCACCUGGCACCGCAGAACAGGAUGCUCCACUGGCUGGGGAGGACGGCCAGGUUUUUAUUCGGCUUCCGAUUCCAAGUUUCGUCACACACAAGUCGCCACAGUCUUCAACGCGUUCUAGCGAGCAACCACCACCUCUUUCUCCUUGCCUCGUCAAUCGUCUCCCUUCCUCCCCAACCCCGCUCCCUUUUGCUUUGACGAUCCAACUUCCCCAAUCGCCACGCCCAUCCAAUAGUCGACGCACUCCCUCCCUUUCGCCCACCUCGCCCCGGGCGGAUCUUGUUACUAUACCGCUUCGACCUUGCUGCAAGGCCUGCAUGCCCAUCACUGAGGCAUGUCUACAACAAGGCGAUGACUGGCAUGAGCAUUUCUCGCGCUCUGCGAGAAGAAGACGUACUAUUGACAGCACCCCGCGUCGUGCCAGCGGAGUUGGCAAGUCCACCAAAUCGGGCCCUGACACUACAGAUUUAGCCUCUGACAGUUUGAGAGUCGGAUUUCCCGACUCCAUCAACGUUGAUGAGGUGGACAAAAGGCGGAGACUGAGUGAUUCAGUGGAAACCCAGCCAGAACCGAAGUCUGUAUGGCUCAACGAUGAUGGCGACUGGGUCCCUUUGUCCCAGUGCAAAACUCAGAUUCAAAGUCGCACUGCUCUUGAUUCUCGUCGAAGCGCUAGUGCCGAUAGCCCUAACUCCAUUCUUCCUCAGUCGGUGCCUUUGAUUUCCAAGAUUCAGGAAGAGGAUGAUGGAGAUUUGUUCCCUUUGCCCUCUCCCCGGCGUACACCGAACGGAUCUCCCAUUCCUAGUCCAGUUCCAUCCUUUUUACCCAGUCCAGUUGUCUCAACUUCUUGCCUUGCUCUCAAUGACACGAAUCUUGCGGCCUCAUCUUUGCUUGAUUCAGACGACUCUUGUGCGACGACUGAAUCAUCUGGUGACCAUGAUGAGAGCCUGAAAGUGGCUGAAGCUAAUACAGAUGUGUUCUGCCGUCCACCUUCACCAUUGCUUCUUGGAUCUUUGCCGUCGUUGUCAGCGCGUAAACAGGCAAAACCGGUACAACAAGCUCUCCCUGCUUUAUCCACAAGUUUCGACGAUCCCCAUUCCCCUACUUUUUCGGAGGCGUUUCCACGCACCCCGUCUCCAGUCAUACAGUUCUCUUCAGGCUCACCUGCUCUACCAGUCUAUCUUUCACCUCCUACGUCACCUGGCACUAGUCAUGUUUUAUCGUCCUCUCCACCCUCAGAGUCCCCCUUACCAGACUUCUCUCCCUCUUUGUCUCCGACACAGUCCUUCCCUUCUCCUACGACUAAAAAGCGCGCUUCUUUCUCUAUGCCCAGACCUUCGCACAUCCUGCGUGUUGGUGCCGACGUGCUGCGUGGUGUAGGUGCGAUUGGUGGUGGUUCUGUGGGUGUAGGAGUUCGUGUUUGAUCCGUAUGAAAAGGUUAUCCAUUCGUUGAGUUCUUCGCAUUUUUUUUUAUAUCACCAUACCAUUCUCAUUAUUAUACCUUCAUGUGACUUAAUGCUCUUCCCAACCCGUUUUUGCUGGGCAGCUUCCAGUUUUAUUAUACAGACUCUGACCAACCUGAGGGUGGUCGUCACUAUCAUACUCAUUCAAAGCUCGCUGUUGUAUACUUCACUUUUCACUUUCUGAAACUUGUUUACAAAAGUAUUGCAUUCUUGUUUCUUUUACUUGUCCACGAGCUUUACCUGAUUUUAUACUGCUACAGCACUAUUGUUGGUUACACUGUACAUCACAU